AUGACAGUGACCCUUUCCAGUGACAAUGAGGAUCAGAAGUUCUCUGAUGACAAAGUAUCCAAGUUUGUACCAGGAAAAUCAGUUACGGUAUGCUUCUGGAAAAUCAACAGAUUGUACUCCUCUACUCAUGUUCUCCUUAAUGUCAUUGGCAACAAUCCUCAGCUAACAUGGUCCAGAGGAAGGAGCACAACAGAGAAGGAACUUCUGCUCGUGGAAUUAGAAGGAAAAGGGGGUGAAGCUAUGUGGAUGUGGCUAACUCUGCUUUUUUUCCGUGUGCUCUGCAUGGAAACUGGCCUAACGAAAAUGGCAAGCAAAGUGAACAACUUCUCAUUUAGUGGAUUAUGGCAAAGGUUGAAGACGCAAGCUGAACAGGAGAGUGCUGUCAGUCGGAGGAUGCCAUCUGGAUCGGAUGCGGCCCUCACAGGACGACACCACGCAUCUAGAUGCUGCCAUGUAUUACAUGGGGCCUUGGGCAAGAGGGAGUAUGAAGUUCAAGCUGUGGUUCAAGGUGCACUGGGAAUGGACUACGUGAUCAAGAGGCGAGAUGGUGAAUGGGGGUUAUCAGAGGCCUACCUCACGUGGGCACCAGCACAGAUGUCCCCUUUUCUGAAGCAAAGCCCUAUCUUCUACAGCAGUGUAAAGUCAGACAGGCAGAGGCUGAGCGCUCCGCACAGCGAGGCCCACCUGGCAGCGCCGAGGAGCCCCUGGCGGGAGCGGCCUCGAGACCCCGCCGCAGGAAGUGACCAAGUUCACUCCUGACACGCCCUAGAUACUGCCUGGCGCAUAGCCAGGGGCUCUGUGAUGACAGCUGUGUGGCUGCUGGUGGCUACCGUCUACUACUUCAGGAGGCUGCGUUGGUAUUUAGGACACCGGCUGAAAUGGUGGAUGGGCUACCUGCAGAGAAAUUUCAAAAGGAACCUCAGUGUGGAGGCCGAGGUUGAUUUGCUCAGUUAUUGUGCAAGAGAAUGGAAAGGAGAAGCACCCCGGGCCAAGCUGAUGCGGAAGGCUUAUGAGGAGCUGCGGAGGCACCACACUAAAUGUGUUCGACAAGUAAAGAGAGAUAAUUACGAUGCUCUGAGGUGGGUGUUGUCUCAGAUAUUCAACCAAGGCCUUUCUUUUCCAUCCUGGAUGAAGGAAAAGGACAUUGUUAAACUUCCUGAAAAACUGUGGCUUUACCAAUGUUGUAAUUGGAUCCAGCAAUACAGUUUUGGUCCUGAGAAGUACACAGGUUCAAACGUGUUCAGAACGUUACCUAAAUGUCUGAAACUGCUGAAAAUGCAGUGGAUUGAAUUUAGUGGUAUUAGGGAUUAUCACAGGAGAGGAAGCAUGUGCAACAUCCUUUUUUCUGACACCAUCUUGGAGUACAAGCUUUAUGAAGCUUUAAAGUUCAUCAUGCUGUAUCAAGUCACUGAAGUUUAUGAGCAAAUGAAGACUAACACGAUCAUUCCGAGUCUUUCCAGACUCCUGUUUUCUAGAGAGACGUCGUCAGACCCUUUGAGCUUCAUGAUGAAUCACCUGAAUGCUGUGGGUGACACGUGUGGACUAGAGCAGAUUGAUAUGUUUAUACUGGGUUACUCCGUUGAAGUGAAGAUGAAAGUGUUCCGAUUGUUCAAUUCCAAAUACUUCGCAGUGUGUUAUCCACAGGAGCCUCUCAGGGAGUGGCCAGAGAUCUCCCUGCUGACUGAAAAUGACCAUCACUAUCACAUUUCUGUCUUUUAA